AUGUCUAAACUAAAGGUAAAAGUUAUAUCUCGGAAUCCGGACGAUUACCAGAGAGAAACCAAGAAUGAUAUUUACAAAGGCAGGUCCCUUUUCUUAUAUCAAUAAUUUGUUCUUUAGCUCCCCGUAAUUUCAACGCCCCGGAAGAUCCGUUCAGACAUCUAACAGAGUACACCAGAGCUCUGAAUGCCGCGAAAUUAGAUCGGGUGUUCGCAAAACCGUUUAUUUGCGCCCUGGACGGUCAUUCAGAAGGUGUUCAUAUUCUAUCCAAGCAUCCUACAAGAUUGUCAACUGUUCUCAGUGGUGCUCGUGAUGGUCAAGUAAAGAUUUGGCAUUUGAAUACAAAAAAAUGCCUGACGACCAUCCAAGCUCACACAGGUCCAAUUAACGGGCUUUCAGUGGACAGAGAUUCUGGUGAAACCUAUGUUACAGUUGGUCAAGAUGCGCAGCUAAAGCUUUGGUCGUUGCCUGAUGUAGUCGCGGGAGAUCUAAAUGAACCAUUGCAUUCAAUUCCCUUGGCUGAUGUUCCUCAAGCCGUUUCCCAUGUUGCGAAUUCUUCAGACUUUGUGACUUCUGGAGAUGGGAUUUGUGUUUGGAAAUUAUAUCGAGAUUCUCCGAUUAGAAAGUACGACAUGGGACCCAACAGUAUUCACAGUGUGACAUGCAAUCCCAUCGAAGAGAGUGUACUCGCUGGUUGUUCGACAGACCGAUCAAUAUUUUUAGUGGAUUCUAGACAAAAGGUUCCCUUAACUAGGGUUGUUUUGAAAUUGAGGAGCAACAAAAUAGCAUGGCAUCCACUGGAAGCGUACUCCUUCUUGGCAGCCAAUGAGGAUUACAAGUAAGCGAUUUGAAUACCUGGAAGAUUUUUCAGCGUAUAUGCCUUUGACAUGAGGUACCUGGAUUCAGCUAGGAUGGUUCAUCAAGGUCACACUUUGGCUGUUACAGAUGUAGAUUACAGUCCGACAGGUCAAGAAUUUGUUGCCGGAAGUUAUGAUCGUUCGCUGAGAAUGUUUAAUGUGGACAGAGUCAAGAGCCGGUAUGUUGGUCAUAACUUUCAAAUCCGCUUUUAGAGAAGUGUACCAUGCUCCGAGAAUGCAACACGUGGUCUCAGUGGCGUGGUCAUUAGAUAAUAAGUACGUUCUUUCUGGAAGCGACGAAUUUAAUAUCCGCCUCUGGAAAGCGUAUGCAUCUGAGAAAUUGGGCCCAGUAAGUAAACGUUGUUAUUAUGUUAUCUUCGUUUAGUUGCGACCACGAGAAAAGGCCGCCAUGGAAUAUAAUGACAAACUGAAAGAAGCGUAUCAACAUCACCCAGCUGUCGGCAGAAUCCUUAAGCACAGACAACUCCCCAAACCAAUUUACGCUGCUACAAAGGAGUUACGAAUCAUUCGGGAUUCACAUCGGCGAAAGAAAUUCAACCGGAUAUACAAGAGCAAAUCUGGGGAAGAGGACAUACCCAACAAAGUUGAGCCAAUCGUUCAGGUUGGAUUCGAGAACAAACCUUCAUCGCAUGAGUAA